ACGCGACGCGGGACAUUUCAUUGUGUUCACUGACAGAGCAGGAGCUGUCGCUGAUCUGUUCCCUGAUCUGUGCUCUGAUCGCUGCAAACAUGGUCAGAACCAAGGCCGACAGUGUUCCCGCGUCAUACAGAAAAGCGGUGGCAGCAUCUGCACCCCGGAAGUCCCUGGGCUCCAGUUCGGCCAACUCCGCCUCCUCCAGCAGCCAGUCCGCCGCUGCUGCAGCCAAGGCGAAAUACGCUGGGGGUAACCCGGUGUGUGUCCGCCCCACCCCGACGUGGCAGAAGGGUAUCGGGGACUUCUUUGGGGGACCCCCUAGGAAGCCGGAGAAGGAGAACCAGAAACCCGCAGAGGUUGAGGAUGAUGAAGAGGCCGGAGGCAGUGGGACUUCCAAAGCCAGCAGGAAAUCCAGACCUUUGGUUGAAGAGGAUGAUGACGAAUGAACAAUUUUUUCUUUUUUUUUCUGCCUCCUUGAAUUUUUCAAAUGUACAGCUGUAUAGUCUGAAUAUACUUUGUGUUUUGUUUGUUUUUUUUUCUAUUAAAAAAAAGAUGCAAAUUC